GAUAGAAUUAAUUAACAUGGGGCUGGGUGAGCGGGUUUAACCAGAUAGAUAUGGGUGGAAGAGAAAAUGUCUGUGAACCUCGACAAAGGCUACACAAGCUCUCACCCCACCGGGUAUUCACUUAACAUAAUAGGCAGGGGCCCGAUCGUCCUGUUUGUGUCGCUACCUUUGUACCCACGCUGAGACCCCUCACGAAUGGCGUUUAAUGAAUCAUUCACGGAUUACUUGAGAAUUUACUAGAGGAGGAACGUAAAGGUUCAGACGAUGCACCGACAGCAGAAUAUCAGUUUGGUAUUUUGUGGCAUAGGGUUAUGCAUAACGUUUCUUCUGUACAACAGUGUGUCAUGGCAAGACCCCGUUUGGCUGAUGCCGCUUCCAAAUGUCGCAAUGAAUUACUCACUCGCCAGUCUAUCGGACGCAGACCUCGCAUAGCUCAGGGCACACGAUGACAUCAACGAUACUUCCGACCCAUACUACAAAUUAGCUGUCAGUGCCUCCAAGAAAUUUCCAUAUUUCUAUAAACCAAUUUCAUUUCAUUCCACCGAACAGUUCAGACAGAGAGUUUCCUACAACGUGAAUUUCGAAAACGGAUUCCAGACAUCACAUGGAAACCAAUCAAAGAUGAUAUUGUUUUAUAACACACCAGAAUGGUUCAGCCACUUCAAGGAUGUUUGUCCACAAGGUUUACAGAAGUGUCCACAGAGAGGCUGCGAAUGUUCAUAUGAUCCCACUCAGAUCAGAAGAGCAGAUGCUGUGCUCAUCAAUGUAGUGCAACUUUCUGACACCAUUCCACCUGCCAAACAAGCCAAUCAAGUGUGGAUCAUGUUUGGAUUAGAGUGUCCAUACUAUUAUGAAAGUAAAGUCCACUACUCCCAGCAGUGGCGCCGUGUGUUUAACUGGACAAUGACCUAUCGGCUUGACUCGGACAUUGCCUUGCCUUACAAUGUUCUUUUGCGCACGGCGACACACAAAUCAGCUAAUUUUACCAAACUUGCUUUGAAAAAAACUAAAUCCGUUCUUUGGUUUGCCAGCAACUGCGAGACGCCCUCAAGACGCGAAGACUACGUCGCCGAAUUACGCAAGCAUAUACCAACAGAUGUGUAUGGAAACUGUGGCUCCCCAAUGUGCAGUUAUGGAGGAGACUGCCAGAGUUCACUUUUCGGUGAAUACAGGUUCUACUUAGCGUUUGAAAAUACUCUGUGCAUUGACUACAUCUCUGAAAAGUUAUAUAAAAUCUACUCUGAAAACAUUGUUCCAAUUGUUCGGGGAGGGGCAGAUUAUAAUUCCCUGCUCCCAAAAGGAACGUACAUUAAUGCAGCAGACUUUUCUAGUCCAAAAGAACUGGCAACCUAUCUUAAGUAUCUGGAAACAAACGUGACAGCCUAUGCUGAGAUUCUGGAAAACAAAUCCGGGUAUAGACAUUCAGAUGUAGAAACAACCUAUGAAUCUGCCUUCUGUGAUAUAUGUUUGAAGCUUCAUAAUUUGGAUAAAUAUCACCAAUACUAUUAUGAUAGUGCCCGUUGGAUACACGAAGACACAUGUCACAAUCCCAAAGACGUUUGAAAAGCUUUCAAAAUUGUAAAAUGUAUAUUCUAUUGAAGUGUGUUGUAAUUCUACUGAUGGUUAUAUUGUAAUACGUGGUGUACAAAAGGACAUUUUGAUGCA